AUAUGUUUUAUUUUUGAUGCUAUUCUAUUUUUUUUAAAAUCUCAUCUCUUUCCAGAUGUGCAAAGCAGGUACAGACCUGUCCAAAUACUGACUGAGGGCUGUACAGCUACCAGAGGACACAAUGCUUUUCCACGGUGAGGACCUCUUGUCGUGCACGGUGUGUCUGAGCUGAAAGCAGAUGUGGAAGCUUCGGACACAGAUGUCGAGCGAAACGUGGAAAUCGUGUCCGAGAUAAUAGCAGAAGUCGUCCCCCCACCCCCUUCCCUCCCCUCCUCCCCUCCCUCCCCCUCGCCGGACCAUGGGACUGACGGAGCUGCUUCUCGGACUGCUGUGGCUCCGCUCCGCUCUGCUCUGUGCAGCAGGCUGCAGUGAGCGAGUGGAGGUCCAUACAGAGCGGAGGGGUGUGAUCUACAGUCCCUCCUGGCCUUUAAACUACCCCCCUGGAGUCAACUGCAGCUGGCAUAUCCAGGGAGGUCAGGGAGAGGUCAUUACCAUCAGUUUCCGUAACUUCGACGUGGCUGAGUCAGGAAGUUGUUUGCGAGACUGGCUUCUGCUGACUCCUACGUGGAACGGGGAAUCCAGGCUGUGUGGCUCCGUGCUGCCUCCUCCCUUCGUCUCCACCAGGGGGCGUGUUUGGCUCUAUUUCCACUCUCAUGCCAACAGCUCCGGGCAAGCCCAGGGCUUCCGGCUCUCCUACAUCAGAGGUCACCUGGGUCAGAGCAGCUGUCAGUCAGAUGAAUUCCUGUGUGGGAAUGGGAAGUGUCUUCCUCGCUCCUGGAAGUGCAACGGUCAGGAUGAAUGUGGGGAUGCCACCGACGAACGCAGCUGCUCCCCCCCUCCCACUGAGGCCCAGCCUGGCCCCUGCCCCUUCGGCUCCCUCCCGUGCACCGAGGCCCAGUCCACCCGCUGUCUGCCUGCCGCCCUGCGCUGCAACGGGGCCCGUGACUGUCCUGACGGCACAGACGAGCUGGGUUGCCCCGACACUACCUGUGGCAAACGUCUGGGGAACUUCUACGGCUCCUUUGCUUCCCCCGAUUUUUUUCGGGCUAACAGGAGCGCCGUGGCGGAGCUGAGGUGUUCCUGGUUGCUGGACACCCAGGACCCCAAGCCCAUCGUGCUGCAGCUGGACCUGCAGCUGGGGCCCAGAGACUCGCUGCAUGUCUACGAUGGCCUGUUGCAGCGGGCAGAGCACCUCUUACAGGUGUUGUCGCAUCAUAACAACAGGCGCCCGGCACUGCUGGAGUCGAGUCGGGGACAGAUGAGUGUUUUGUACAUGGCCCAGCCUCACAGCCCCGGACAUGGCUUCAAUGCCACAUAUCAGGUAAAAGGUUACUGUUUUCCCGGCGAGCAUCCCUGUGGCAGUGAUCAGGGCUGCUACUCUGAACGCCAACGCUGCGACGGCUACUGGCACUGCCCCUCUGGCCGCGACGAGGAGACCUGUCCGACGUGCCCGGACGGGGAGUUCCCCUGCGAGGGCGGUACUGGUGUGUGCUACCCAGCCUCUGAGCGCUGCAACAACCAGAAGAGGUGCCCGGAUGGCUCGGACGAGAAGAACUGCUAUGACUGCCAACCUGGAAACUUCCACUGUGGGACUAACCUGUGCAUCUUUGAGACGUGGCGGUGUGACGGCCAGGAGGACUGCUUAGACGGGAGCGAUGAGAGGGACUGUCUGGCAGCCGUGCCCAGGAAAGUGAUCACGGCCGCCCUGAUCGGCAGCCUGGUCUGCAGUCUCCUGCUAGUCAUUGCCCUCGGCUGUGCCCUCAAACUCCACUCCCUCAGGAGCAGAGAGUACAGAGCUUUUGAGACUCAGAUGACUCGCAUGGAGGCCGAGUUUGUUCAGAGAGAGGCUCCCCCGUCGUACGGUCAGUUAAUCGCCCAGGGUCUCAUCCCUCCAGUGGAGGAUUUCCCAGUGUACAACCCCACCCAGGCCUCCAUGUUACAGAACCUGCGGUUGGCGAUGCGCAGACAGAUCAGACGUCACUCAACGCGGCGCUCCACCUCCUCCUCUCGUCGGCGUCUCGGCCAUCUGUGGAGUCGCCUGUUCCACAGUGGAGGGCGAACCAGAGGCCACGUCCCCCUGCUCGACCCCCCUGGACCCACACAGAUCACACUGGGGCUCCACAGCUACCGAACUGUGGGUGUGCAGGGGCCCCAGGCAAGGGCCAGGUCUGGAGCUGGGCUCGGGGAUGAGGUUGAUGUAGAGGGUACGCCGGGCUCCUGCUGCUCAGCCGCCAUGGACCUGCAGGCCUGGACCCCGGAGAGCCCUGCGUCACCUCUCUCCUUGCAGUCAGUGGACAGUCCAGAAGAUGAGGAUCUGUCACCUGUCUGCAGGGAAAGCAGCAGAGCUCCUCAGUCUGAGCCCCCCACCCCUGUUCGGAGGGACUCUCCAGCCCACAGCGGACCCCCUCCCACACCCCAGGAAGCCCCUGUACCCUCGUGCCACCCCCGGGCAUCUAGGAAACUGGUUCUGGAGCUCGCUGUUAACCUAAAGGGUGUUUCCUUGAGACGUUACUCCCCCUUGGGGCCCUUAUCCCCUAUCUCACCCCCUGUGUUUCCCAGCAGCUCCCAGACAUCCACAACAUACCCUCCCUCCCAGGGGCUGGAGGUGACUUCACCUUCUGAGCCCUCGUCUUCUUCUGUGAAAGCAGAGGACAGUGACAGCCAUUUUACUGUGGAAGUGCCAAGCAGGGAAAUAAGAAGCAGGGAUGAGAGGAGGAGGGAGGGCAAGAGCAGACUCUGCAGGUUCAGCAGGACCUUCAGUGAUGAGGGAGGGGAUUGAGGGAGGGAGACAACGCCAUGCUGAAGAGUUUGGGAAGAUACUCCUCUUUCCCCUCACUCUGUUGAGACCUGGUGUCAGCAAUAUCUGCUCUGCUGAAGUGUCUUUGAAAUGUGUCGCCACCAGAUCCAGAGGUGAGACCCGUUACCUUAGCCCACCACAUGAAGGAGGUACAGUAAAAUAUAAUUAGCUCGUGUCCAUUCAACAAUGCAUAAAAGUCUGCAAAUGCACAAAAUUAUGCAUAUUUCCCUAAGAUGAAUAAAACCAGCAGUGGAAGUGCUUAUGGUCUGUAAAUCUCUUUGUCAAAUAGACGCUUAAUGUUGACUCUCACAAUUAAAUGCAAGCAGGCACUCCUGUUCAUCAUGAGCCUGUUCCAGAAAAUCAAAUUUAAUUCUGGCCACCAGUACCAAUACAAUAUACAACAUUCUUACAACGCGAAAACAGCCUUUUGUGUUGUUACCCAGAGCCAUUAUGCACCGCUAUAUACUGUGAACCGUAAAGGCACAUUAAGUGAUCACGUAUGAAUUUAUCUGAUUAACGAUCCUCUACUCUGUCUUAUUCCCACUUUAUUGUAUGAGGUGGUAUUAUUAUUAUUAUUAUUGUAUGACAUUUUUAGAAGGUCAUGGCUGGCUGUCACAUGAAAGGUUAAAGCUGGCGAUAUUUUUUAAAUUUUUGUUAUUGUCAACAAAUCAUAGGGAAUCUCUCAAUACUUUUCAACUUCGCCAGCCUGUGUAUAUACUUACAUUUAAGAAAAGGCUAAAUCAUUUCCUAAAACAACAGGUCACUUUCAAGAAACGUUACUCAAACAGGAGUUAAUAGUGCAUUUGUUGGAGACUAUUUUCAGCCGCCGAUUAAUACACAUUUGGUCCACUAAAGAGUAUUUAGUGGUGCAUGUCAUCCCCUCUCUCUCCCCUGCCGUCUCUCUCUACUGUUACACAAAUAAAGUGGAAAUGCCAAAAAAUAAUCUUUAAAAAAAACCCCACAUUAACUACAGUGUCCAUGUUCAUGGUGAUGAGGUAACAUGUGACCCAGUGCAACAGUGUGGCUCACUGAUAUGUUUUUAAUAGUUUUUGGACAACAAUGGAGCUCUUUGACACAGAGGAAUAAGCUUUAUCAGGCUACACAGACAACACUUGUUAGUAGGAUUAAUACAUUGUUGGCUUUGGUCUUUUCAUAGGAUUGGUUGACAAUAAGAAAAAUAUCAAAUAUCACCAGACAUACCUUUUUAAUACAACUUUGAACCACAAAAGUUUGACAUUUUCGGAAAUACGCUUAUGUGCUUCCUGGCGAGAGUCGGAGUCCAUUCAUUAUGAAAUUGGAGCAUGAAGACUGGAAACAGGGUGAAACAGCUAGCCUGGCUCUGCCCAAAUAUAGCUUGUGAGCUUCAAAGGUGCUGGCAGGCGGAUUUUGUUACCUUCAGACAGAACCAGGCUAGCUGUUUCCCCCUGUUUCCAGUCUUUGUGCUAAGCUACACUAACCGGCUGCUGGCUGUAGCCUUGUUUAUAACGAUAUGAGAGUGGUAGCAAUCUUCUCAUCCAGCUCUUAGCCAAAAGGGAAACUAAGAGCAUUCCCCAAAAAUGUCAAUCUAUUCCUUCAACACCCUUUGUCAGUAUUUAUUCAUCAUAAACAGUACGUUUCCAGUGCUACUCUUCGUCAGUGAUACUUCAGUCACUCCUUUUAAGAAACAUCAAAAACUUUCUCAGUAUGUUUUGGAAGUUGUAUCAAAUAGAUUUCAAUUCAGCAUUUUUAACUUGAUAUAUCAUUAGUUUUAAAAAGCCAAACUUGGAUGGAAACUGAGUUAGUGAAUCCAAGUAUAUUGCCUGUAACUCUGCUCAGACCCUCGUCCUCCUCAAAUCAAACCUAAACUGUCCUCUCAAGGAAGCCUUUCCUCACUUGAAUGAACUUGACCAUGUAUGUGUCAGUGUCUGCUCUGAUUUCCAUUCAGUGCAGUGAAGAUUUUAUGUGAAUAUCCAGGAAAUGUUAGCAAGAGUGGCUUCACUUCAGAAUAUUGAUUGUUUGUCGAGUCCUCUUCAUCCCAGCGGUAUCUCUGCUGUCCCGCUGACUGCACACUGGUCACUGCAGACGUCUGGACUGCUGGUUUAUUCCACUGGAAAUUCAUAUCUAUACUGUGGAAUUUUCUAUGACAGGAUGUUAAAACAAAGACCUCUAUUUUUCAGUCUUAAGUGGAGACCUGUACAAGUUCAACUUUAUAUUUCGCUCUCUGCCUUGACAAACAUUGAACUUGAUUGAAACCUGGUCACUUGUGUCUCAGAUGUUUUUUUGUAAAGAUUGUGUCUCUGAGGUGACCCUAAUCACUUUGGGACUUCUAAAGAAUGUAUCAUUUUUCUUGAAAUCAAUGAAUUUCUCCCUCUUUUACUGCAGGAUACGGACACUGAACAGAAAAGUCAGAUAACCUGUGUAGGUAGGGAGAGUAUGAGAAAUGAGCAGGAGCCAAAUGCUGGUUGGUUUGUAGCUGCAGUGUCAGGUUUCUGUACAGAAUACAUGGUCUUUCCUGCAGUUUUUCCAUGCUACCCUCAUGUGCUUCCUUCUUAUAGAAGUUUUGUCAUAAACAGCUGCUACAUGCUACGUGCCAUUAGGGAUGUCUCCAUAUCCCCUCACAAGUAAUUCCUGCCUAAUGAUCGUUCUGAUUCCUUUUCCUUUCUUUGAGAUCUGGAGAGAUACAAAUCAGUUUACGUAUUCCUAGUUUUACACAUUUUCUGCUUUUUUCUCUUGCACCUCGUUAUUUAAGUUCAAAGCCUGUUGUCCUCAUUUGACUUAAAGUGAAAUAAUGUAGCUGCUGUUUGAAAAAAAUCACAUAUCUGCAGAAUGUAGUUACUUGCUUUGUAAUGUACAGAAGUGUGUUAAAAAUGCCUUAACGGUUUUUCUUUGCUGUUGUAAAUAUCACAGACGGUUUUACUGAUCACAGUUGUGGUUUACAUGUUUGAAGAGAUUAGAUUUGUCUGUGUGUCUGGACACAGCUUUCUGAUGUGACAUGUGAUUGGUACAACCGACUGCUCUGGAGUUAUAGUGCACUACUGCGUCAGGAAUCUCUGGGAUUAUUAAUGGCAGGGGAGUUGGGGAAAAGAAAAUUUGUUUUUUUUUUUUUUUUUAAUAACCUUAUUCCAGUGUAUUUACCUGUUUUAUUUAAAUGGUAAUCUGUAAAAGUCUUGGUGACAUUCAUUGCUUUGAUGUUUUUCCAGACUGCAACCAUCAGUCUUUCAGUUCUUUGUAUGUAAAGUAAGAUGUGGUUAAUGUGAUGUUUUAUUAUCCAUCAGCUAGGAUCAAGGUUUCGGUUCUGUACCCUGAGUUUUACUGGUUUGUUAAAAUUGUGAUAAACUGCUGGGCAGAAGCCACAUCAAGAUCUUCUAAACCGUUUUGUCAGUGUUUUUCCCCCCCAUUGCAUUCAUUCACUCUAAUGAACAUUAUCAAACCCUUUUCCCGGUAUGCUACAAUCACAGAGUAAUAACUGCACUUUUCAGUGUGUUAGCACACAGGUAAAUACACUGGAUCAAGGCCAUUGGAAAGUACUACUGAACCAGGUUGUCUGAUAAUGGCAUCCCCUCUCCUUGCUGUCUGAUUUAGAAGCUUCUUCCCUGUCAAAAGCUGAAGUCAACAUAUACUGUGUUUGUAGAAAAGCAUUUCUCUCAUUUUGAGAACUAUAUUUGUAUAUUUGUGCUGAAAGAGAAAUGCAACCAUGACAUUGGUUGGUUUGCUGAUCAAAACCCUGUACAGCCUUCUGCUUAUUAGUCAUUGUUUUCCUGUGCCUGCAAUUAAUAAAUUUCGAGCUCUUUAUCA